UAUGUCAUGGAAGAUGGUUUGGACCUCGGUGUCAGUACAAAUGCCGAUGUGUCAAUGGUAUGUGUUUAUUGAAUGGAGAGUGCUUAGGUGGGACCCCAUGCGAAGGUGGAUGGUUCGGUCCCACGUGUCAGUAUGCCUACCACACUGCAUUUCACCCAGCUGUUGUAGAUGGCAAUGACCGUACAUGUCUGGCUAGCAACGCCACACAGAUCACUGUUAAGCUGAACGAAUCCCAUUCCUUUACCUGGCUAAGGGUCUCAGUGACUGGUCAGGGAUCAGAUGGUCUCAGAUAUUUGUCGCUGUCCUUUUCGAGUCAGACGUCGACGACAGUUGCUUGUGCCGGCAUAAAGAAGCAGUUCGUGGGGAGCACAACCCUGGAUGUACACUGUGAUCUGUCCAGCUAUAUAGACAACGUGACCCUGCAUGGCACUUCAGCUGGUCAUCUCUGCUCUGUCUACAUCAGUGGAG